GGGCGUGCGGGCGGGCACGCCAGGCUCGGCGACGCUCCGCGCGGGUCUUCGAGCUCGCGACCCGCGACGAGCCAGCAUGGCUCGUCGCUCGACGGGAGCCUGCCCAGCAUGCUCUCGGCACUCUGUACAGCCUUGUCGCCCGACGGCGAGACGCUCUACGUGGCGGAUAACUACAACCACCGCAUCCGCAAGAUCGACACCUCCAACGGCCUCACCACCACGCUCGCCGGCUCGGGGACGGGCACCUUCGCCGACGGCACGGGCACCGCCGCGCGCUUCGAUAGCCCGCGCGGCGUGGCGGUGUCGGGCGGGACGCUCUACGUGGCGGAUACCUCCAACAAACGCAUCCGCAAGAUCGACACCUCCGGCGGCGACACCACCACGCUCGCCGGCUCUGACACGUACGGCUUCGCCGACGGCACGGGCACCGCCGCGAGCUUCAAGAACCCGCGCGGCGUGGCGGUGUCGCCCGACGGCGGGAGGGUCUACGUGGCGGAUAAUAACAACCACCGCAUCCGCACGAUCGACACCUCCGACGGCGUCACCACCACGCUCGCAGGCUCUGCGACGAGCGGCUUCGCCGACGGCACGGGCGCCGCCGCGAGCUUCAACUACCCGUACGGCGUGGCGGUGUCGCCCAACGGCAUGACCGUCUACGUGGCGGAUCGGACUAACAGACGCAUUCGUCAGGUGACAGCAUGAUUGCCACCCACGCUUUCAUUCGCUCCUAGUGGAGCGAGGAUGCGCAGAUCGACAGCCUCUCCACUUGAGGUGCCUUGAACACACGCUCCGCUGCCGUCGCCCCUCUUGUGUCGCCCCUCCCGUGUUGCGUUGCGGCCUGGCCCGUGCCCGCCGCCACCGUGUCCCGCUUCUUAGCGCGGAGGUUUCGAGACGCUCGCGUCAGGGUGAGACGCGACAGAGCCGAAGACCAACGUGUGAAAAGUGUCGUGAUUGCUGCGCGGGUCCAGGGGGGAUAUAUGGUUACGUCAGUAGGGGUCGGGAGGGGAGAUUUGGGGUCGGCCAGAAUAGCCCGUGUGCACGCUU